CGGCCACGAUUGAGGAGAUGCCCCAGUGUUUCUCUGGCUGUCUUUAACGGCAGGUAGUGAGUGAGACACGGAGGAGCAGAGCGGGGAGGGCUGGGAGCUGUGCUAGCUAAGUGGUUCCAGUACGAGCAGCCCUCCAGGCUCGCCCUUUUCGGUCUCUGCUCAUUAAAUUAAGCAUAAAAGCUGGGGGCUAGCUGGACUGACAGCGGGAGAAGUGAAGGAAGGAAAAUCAGCUCAGUCCGUCAGGUUUAUUUUUAGCAAACAGAUGAGAAGUGACAGCAGCAGCAGCUUUUCCCACAGUCUCUCCCUGCUCCGGUUAAUUCCUCCUCCUGCUCUCCGUCAAGCUGCCUUUGUCACCGAGCUACUCCUCGGUGUCCUGGCUCUCCUGGUGCCCUGUGUGUGAUGUUAGCUUUGCUGGUUUCUGUUUUGCGUGUUUUCCGUUGCUGGGUAAUUCUUGGCCUCCGGCUCCACAGACAGAAAUAAAUCUUCGGUCAGAGGUCAGUUGGUUUGCUCCACAUUAAAGGCAAAACGGGCGAGCCGGUCUACUCUCCCGGUCACAACGGCUCUCAGGCCACGUCGCCCGCCGCCCUGCCCCCACUUCGCAACAGUAACCACCAUCAUUUGACGGGAGGCUCUAAAGUUGCGAUGUCGGACGCCGUCCAGCUGUCAUCGCAGUCGCAGGGCCACGUCACUCAGCUCUACGAGGAGAACACCAACAAGCGCCCGGUGCUGACCUCCCAGCCCAAUGGGCUGGCUCCAAUCAGCUCGUCCCGACCGGGUUUGCCGCUGCCAGACCGGCAGACCUCUGCGUCAGAGCCUGCCCACCACCACCGCCAGAGCAGCGCAGCCUCCAACAAGUCGACGGACAACAAGCCGAAGGUCAACCCCAUGACCCCGGAGCAGGCCAUGAAGCAGUUCAUGCCCAAAAUUUCGUCAUUCGAGCACCACGAGGUGUUCAGCUACCCCGAGGUGUAUUUUGUUGGCCAGAAUGCCAAGAAGAGGCAGGGGGUCAUCGGUGGAGCCAACAACGGGGGCUAUGACGAUGAUCAGGGGUCUUACAUCCACGUACCACAUGACCACAUCGCAUAUCGCUACGAAGUCUUGAAGGUCAUCGGCAAGGGCAGCUUUGGACAGGUGGUGAAGGCCUUCGACCACAAGACUCAGACCCACGUGGCUCUGAAGAUGGUCCGCAACGAGAAGCGCUUCCACCGGCAGGCGGCAGAGGAGAUCCGCAUCCUGGAGCACCUGAAGAAGCAGGACAAGGAUUCGAGCAUGAACGUCAUCCACAUGCUGGAGAACUUCACCUUUCGAAACCACAUCUGCAUGACCUUCGAGCUCCUCAGCAUGAACCUGUACGAGCUCAUCAAGAAGAACAAGUUUCAGGGCUUCAGCCUCCCGCUGGUCAGGAAGUUUGCCCACUCCAUCCUGCAGUGUCUGGAUGCGCUGCACAAGAACCGCAUCAUCCACUGCGAUCUCAAGCCCGAGAACAUUUUAUUGAAACAGCAGGGACGCAGCGGCAUCAAGGUCAUAGACUUUGGUUCCAGCUGUUAUGAACAUCAGAGGGUUUACACCUACAUCCAGUCCAGGUUCUACAGAGCACCGGAGGUUAUUCUGGGCUCCAGGUAUGGGAUGCCCAUCGACAUGUGGUCUCUGGGCUGUAUCCUUGCCGAGCUGCUCACCGGUUACCCCCUGCUGCCGGGUGAAGAUGAGGCUGACCAGCUUGCCUGCAUCAUCGAACUCCUGGGAAUGCCCAGUCAGAAGCUCCUUGACGGCUCCAAGAGAGCGAAAAACUUUGUGUCAUCUAAAGGCUACCCACGGUACUGCACCGUGACCACGCUACCUGACGGCACCACAGUGCUGAACAGCGGGCGCUCGCGGCGGGGAAAAAUGCGCGGCCCCCCGGGCAGUAAGGACUGGAGCACGGCGCUGAAGGGCUGCGAUGACGCGCACUUCAUCGACUUCCUCAAACAGUGUCUAGAGUGGGACCCGGCACUCAGGAUCACGCCCAAUCAUGCGCUUCGGCACCCGUGGCUGAGGAGGCGGCUUCCAAAGCCUCCGUCAGGAACCACAGCAGGAGAAAAGACCUCAUCGUCCAAACGUGGCACGACCACCACUGAUGGCGCCAUCACCUCCAUCUCAAAACUCACCACCACCUCAACCACCACGUCGUCCUCCUCAAAAACCAGGACUAACUUAGCAGCUAUUACGGACGCCAACGGAAACAUCCAGCCGAGGACAGUGCUGCCCAAACUGGUCAGCUGAGAGUGAAUGCACCCCACUCGCUGCGGGGAGGACGGCAAACCAGCCAGAACUGAAUAAAAUGGUUUUGUCCAGUUCGACAAACGUUUGGUUUUUCAGCGUUGUUGGGGUGCGUUCAGAAUAAACACGACAUGGAAAUGAGCGGAUUGGCUAUUCCGCCGCACAAAACUCAAUUAGAUGAACUUGCUUGCGUUCAGGAACGCCUCAAAUCCUCAGUUUUACAUUUUGAGCAGCAAGACACGAAGUGACUGCACUUUGUUUGGACCCGACUGCGGCGCCACUCAGACAAUCAGAACUCACUAUACCGCUCUGUAGCUCCAAACUCAAACACAUCAACAACAUGGUGCUGACGGGGGAACAAGGCUGUUUUUAAAGUGUUUUUAGUACAGAAUCUUUUUAGCUGGUUUGAUUAAUCAAUUUAAUAACUUCAGUCUUACAAGGUUAUAUCCAAACACAAGGCCCUACAAUGAAGGAGGUUUAUGUGGUUCACUGACAGUUAAGUUUGAUAUAUCCUUUUAAUUCUAAAGGUAUAGUUGUGCAGUGAUUAGCUUUCUAGUCUUUGUUUUAUGUCAGAGUGAAAAAAAGUUUGGUUUCAGUUAGGGGUAGAUUGGUGGUGUUUAAAAGCCCAGCAGAACCACCUCCCUGCUAGGUGGCUAACUUUGUUAGUUAGCUUUUGUUUUACAGCGUAGCUAGCCUUUUUUUACCGUGCUAGCAUAGUGCCUGUCAGCUGGCUAACUGCUAGCUGGCACUGGUUGUUGUUAGACAGCUACAUGUUUCUUACCUGUCCCUUUGCUGGCUAGGGUUAGCUUAGCGAACUUUAAAUCUGUCAGCUAGCUAUAGCUGGCUCCAUGUUUGCCUUUUUUGGCAGUCUGGCAGCUAGCCUUAGCCUGUUUUUAGCCAUAGCUCGUUAGCUCUUCACUGCCCAGCCUUACGAAGCACAGACAGAAUGAAAUUUUUUUUUUAAUAUCUACACUUUGUUUUUUGAUGGGGAUAAAAUAAUGCCUGAAAAGAAGAAUGUUUGAAGUAAACAAGCACCAGUUUUUUUCCUUUUGUAAUGAAUCAAAACUGAGCACUGAGGGCACGAAAUGGGGUUUGAGGGAUUACCACAGAGGAGCUGGUUUAAUAGUCACGUUAUAAACUUUAAAUCAAAGACCAUGGAUUAAAAAAAAAAAAUAGAUUUAAUGUUGUAAACCAAAGGGGACAGUGAAGAAUUUUCUUAAAUAGCCAUUUUAAAUAGUAUUUAAUAAUAAUUUGUCAUUGUACAAAGAAAAUAAAAGAUGAUUGUUAACCGUUACGCGGUAGACGUUUCACCUGAGCCCAGAAAAAAAAAGUUCUAAUCUAAAAUUAACUUGUACACAAAUCCUCAUGAGCAACAAAAUGGGUGUGAGCAACUUUAUUUGAUUUUCAGAAUACUAUAGGUUUACUGAGCUCCUCCAUUGGUUUUUCUCAAAGUAUGGCAAGGUUGUUUCAAAUCACAGCCUUUAGAGCCAUUUGGAGCAUGAUAUGUAGUGAAUACCCUUUUUUUUAAAAAAUGGAACAAAGAGAAUAUUUAAGGAGCAUCUACAUCGGGAUGGAUCGAGCAAUAACGCCUAAAGUUCAACUUUUUUUUUUUUUUACUUGCGACAGUCAGUGAGUGAUUAAAGGUGAAUACCAAUGGGACCUAAGCAUGGUGAGCCACUGCGUCUGGCCCUGAAUGACGCGGUAAAAUUACAGAUUAAUUUAGAUGUUUAUUGAUUAUAUAGAUCCAAAAAGAAGUACAUUUGUUGAUACGUGGAUCAGAGUUCAUUAUUGAAAAAAUUAUAAUGGGACGGGAGAUGAUUUUUAUUUAUUUGCGACACGUUAAUAUUUAUUAAUCUAAUCUAUGUACUACGUGCAGUUUAUACUGUAUACUUGAAUGUGUGUGUGCUAGUCGUAUGUACUAGUGCGUGUAUGCGCAUUCGCAGUAUAAAGGGUUUUUUUGUUUUUUGUUUUUUAAAGCUUGUUCCCUCAACCCUGCAUACACACACACACGCACACACAUGCACACACAUGCACACACACACAGCUGUAUCUGAACGCACUCUAAAACUUAGGAGGAUGACGACUAGGAGAAAAGCUGGCCCACAGUUGGCCGUGUGUGCCAUCGGCCUGGUGAUGUAAUGUAGCACGCAGGAAGCGGACGAUGAUGCCGCGAUGCUCAGAAGGAACAAAAACACACAGACACUACCUGCUCCACCCAUCUCAGGGGAAGCUUUGCCCCCCUUCUGGAGGAGGAAGAGGAGGAUAAAGAGGGGGGGUCCUCUCUGAUGUUUGUUUUUUCCGAGGACUUGAUUGGGUUUUUUUUUUUUUUUUUUUGUCUGUUUGUUUGUUUGUUUGUUUUUUUUUAAUUCAGUGAGAUGAAGUGCAGAGAGUUGUAACUGUGUGCCUUCAGUAUCUCAUUGCCAUGUCACACCCACCGCUCACACACACACACACACACACACACACACAUAUUCUUAAAGAGAUGAUGUCAUGGCAUCAACAACAAAAAUGAACAACAAAACCUCCCAGGAAGUCUGUCAGCAACCUUUGGUGACACUCACACCAGCAUGGUGACAUUUAAUGGCUUAGUCUGGAAGCUGAUCAGUUCCUGGUUUUUUGGGGGGGGGUUUUCUUUCAGUAAAGCCCAAAGACACCUUGUGAACCCAUGUGACCUUUGACCUCUAAACCCCAGCUUGUCUUCACUGAUCUGAUACAAUGGUUUUGUGGUCAGUGGAGACUCAAACACACGUCUUUAGCACAGUUUACAGAGCAAACAAUAGUGCAGCAGAAAGCUCAAACUCUGGAUACAAACACCAAAACGUCCACAUUUGACCCUGUGGAAGUGUUCUUGUGAAAAAUCAGUCCGGCUUUCAUUUCCAUCUAGGAAAACAGCUGUUUUGCUCAAAUCUCAAGCCCUGGAUACAUUUUAGAGGUUUUACUCUUGAUUCUUACCGGUAAUUCUUUUGACUGUAAGCAAGUCAGAUUUAUAGCUUUCUGAAUAGUCCCUCUGAGUCUUGACCCACUAUAAAUGGCAAACUUCCUGCCAUAGGUGAGACCAUAUGGGGCCUGGAGUUGUGAAUGAAUCAAAAAACUAUGUAGUAAUCCUAAAUGAGUACACGUGCCACCAUAUUUCAGUACUUGUAUCCACCUGUGAAUGGUUCCCCCGUUAUUGCUAUCUGCUGCAUUACAGAACAUGCCAACUUACCAGCCAAAGUAGCUUUAAGCUGACCUGUACCGACAUCCACAGGUGUGUGUUUGUGUGUAUGUGUGUGUGAUAAGAUGAUUUUUUUUGGGGGGUGGGCAGGGGGUGUAUAACAUGGCUGCACAAUGUAUAGACACAUAUCAGCCCACUGUCGCCAUGUGUCCCCGUGGUACAGACCGGUGACACCUGCUGACGAUAGGGCUAAGCUAACACUAGCCGUUCGACUGCUAGCGCCCGGCCGCUAGCUGCUGCACUGACAUUUGUUUUCUUUGCAGUGAUGCUAACACUAGCCUACUGCUAAAUAAAUGCUGGUAGCACGUUUUUACCUGCUAGCGUUGAGCUCUGCACAGAAGUUGCUUGUGCAAGCUGUUAGCAUUAGCAUUAAUGUGGUUUUAAAGGUGUGGGUUUUUUUUUUUUUUUUAAUUUUAAAUAUUUGUACCUCAGAUCGCUCAGUUAUUACUAUUAUUAUUAUUAUUAUUAUUAUUAUUAUUAUUAUUAUUAUCAUUAAGAUUAUAACCGCUGUCAAUGUUGUGACUAACACCCAGGGCAUUUGGUUGACUCUACCAAAGUGCAUUCCUUUACAAAGCUAGCUCAGAGCUAGCUGCUCAGAUAGACACGCAGGUAGGUAGGCAGGAAGUAUGAAAGAAUGCAAAGGGAAAGUGGACAGAAAGGCGAUCGAGUGAGAAGCAGCCGUUGUCAUUGAGAUCAAAAGAGCAUGAAUUGCAAUGUUUUGUUUGGUUUUUAUUUUGUUUGUUUGUUUGUUUUUGGGUUUUUUUAAAAAAUAUUGUCACUGGCUGCAGUCACACUCAUGAUGUUUGAUUUAAAUAACCUCCGGUAGCAUUCAGUUGGGUUUUUUGUUUGAUUUUUUUUUUUUUUUUUUUUUUUUUUUUUUUUGGACAGCAACUAUAGCCUGGCUAUCUUGCUAGCUCAAUGCUUCACUAGCCAGUUAAUGUACAAUCCCAUUAGCCAUUUAGGUUCUCUUCGGGAGUCUUUGCAGCCAGAGGUUAGCGGCUGAUAGCGUGAAGCUGCGCUGUAUUUCUGUGAUAUUUGCCAGCUGGUUUUUAUUGUGGAUUUUAUCUGUAAAUAAUGUGCAAAGUGUUUGAAUAAUACAGUUUUUUUUUUGGGGGAUUAAAUGCGCUGAUGUGCCACACCGCGGCCAGUUUUACAAUGUACUGUAUGUACUGUACAGAACACAGAAGUUGACUUUUCUAGUGAGCCUUUGUUAAAUUUUAUUGUGGUGCAAGAAAAGGAUUAUUAAUAAAACAGUUUUAUUGUUCAUC